UGGGAGGGGAACGCCUGAGAGGGGUCAGCUUGUCCCACUGUCGUCCUCGGCCUUGACAUGCUCAGCCUGCUGGUGGAGGCCUCGGGGACAGCGCACAGCAGGCAGAGGAUCUUCUGCCUCUUCAAACUGACUUCUUAAAUUCUUGAAAUUUGUAUUUAUUUAUUUAUUUUUAUUCCCUUCAGAAGAUUUGGACCAAUCUAUAGAAUUAAUCCAGCCAUGGCUUGCCUCCUUCGCUGCACUUCAAGCUGCUCGCCAGUCCUGCUUCAAGGUGUCCACCAUGGAGGAAUCCACCGAGCGACUGGAAAGAGAUCCUUUAGGACGUUUAGGACCCUGCAGGACCAGCAGGCAUCCCGAGGGGUCCCAUAUAAAGAUUUGCUGGUUGGCAUUCCUAAGGAGAUUCUCAAAAACGAGAGGCGAGUGGCCGUCUCACCUUCCGGCGUCCAGGCUCUGGUCAAACAAGGCUUCAACGUGCAAGUGGAGAGCGGAGCAGGGGAAGAGGCCAAGUUUUCAGACGACCAAUACAAAGAAGCCGGGGCAAAAAUCAACGACACCAAGAGUGUCUUUGGCUCUGACCUUCUCCUCAAGGUCAGGGCACCAACAUUUAAUAGUGCCUUGGGAAGACAUGAAGCGGAGCUGCUAAAACCAAAGUCCACUCUGGUCAGCUUUAUCUACCCAGCUCAAAACCCAGACCUCAUGGAGAAGCUGGCGAAACAGAAUGUCACGGUACUGGCAAUGGAUCAGGUGCCCAGGGUGACCAUCGCUCAAGGAUACGACGCGUUGAGUUCCAUGGCCAACAUUGCAGGAUAUAAGGCAGUGGUCCUGGCAGCAAACAACUUUGGACGAUUUUUUACUGGCCAGAUCACAGCAGCUGGAAAAGUGCCUCCGGCGAAGGUUUUGGUAAUUGGUGGUGGUGUUGCUGGACUUGCAGCCGCAGGAGCAGCAAAAUCCAUGGGUGCAAUUGUCCGAGGAUUUGAUACAAGACCAGCCGCUCUUGAGCAGUUUAAAUCUUUCGGAGCAGAACCUCUAGAAGUUGAUGUCGCGGAGUCAGGUGAAGGUGUGGGGGGCUACGCUAAGGAGAUGUCCAAGGAGUUCAUUGAAGCAGAAAUGGAACUUUUUGCUAAGCAGUCCAAGGAUGUGGAUAUCAUCAUCAGCACCGCACUCAUUCCAGGUAAAAAGGCACCCAUUUUGAUAACGCGGGAGAUGAUUGAGUCAAUGAAGGAUGGGUCAGUGGUGGUGGAUCUUGCAGCUGAAGCUGGUGGCAACUUUGAGACAACAAGACCCGGGGAGCUCUACGUCCAUAAGGGAGUGACACACAUAGGAUACACUGACCUGCCCAGCAGAAUGGCAUCUCAGGCAAGCACUCUGUACUCCAACAAUGUCUUGAAAUUGCUGAAAGCCAUAAGUCCUGAUAAGGAUUGCUUCUACUUUGAGCCCAAGGAUGAGUUUGACUAUGGAACUAUUGACCAUGUUAUCCGAGGGACGAUGGUCAUGCAGGAAGGCAAGAACUUAUUUCCAGCUCCUUUGCCGAAAACGCUCCCCCCAUCUGCUCCUUCUAGACAGAAGUCGGUUGCUGAGCUGGAAGCAGAAAAGCAAGCUGAAAUGUCCCCGUUUCGAAAAACAUUGACCUCUGCUGGCAUCUAUACAGCAGGUUUGUCUGGAGUCCUUGGUUUGGGAAUGGUGUCCCCAAAUGCUGCUUUUACUCAGAUGGUCACCACUUUUGGACUGGCUGGAAUCGUGGGAUAUCACACAGUCUGGGGUGUCACUCCAGCACUCCAUUCACCACUCAUGUCUGUCACCAAUGCAAUCUCAGGUCUUACAGCUGUCGGUGGGCUAGUGCUGAUGGGGGGUGGCUAUACCCCUUCCAGUUUCCCUGAAACCCUUGCUUUGCUUGCUGCUUUUGUGUCUUCUGUCAACAUCGCAGGUGGCUUCCUAAUUACUCAAAGGAUGCUUGACAUGUUUAAACGUCCUACUGACCCUCCAGAAUAUAACUACUUGUACAUUUUACCCGGAGCUGUCUUUGUUGGAGGGUACGGAGCAUCUGUUGCAAGUGGUUACAGUAUUGAGCAGAUGAUCUACCUGGGCUCUGGCUUGUGUUGCGUUGGUGCACUGGCUGGCCUUUCCACUCAGACGACCUCCAGACUGGGCAACGCUCUGGGAAUGAUUGGAGUGGCCGGAGGGAUCGCUGCCACUUUGGGAGCCCUGAAACCUUCUCCAGAGUUACUGUCUCAGAUGACCGCUGCCAUGGCUACAGGAGGCACCAUAGGCCUCACAAUAGCCAAACGUAUUGAGAUUUCUGACCUUCCUCAACUGGUGGCCGCAUUUCACAGCCUAGUUGGUCUGGCAGCAGUUCUGACCUGCGUGGCGGAGUACAUGGUGGAAUACCCUCACCUGGACGUUCACCCCUCUGCUAAUGUUUUAAAGACAGUGGCGUACCUGGGAACAUAUAUUGGAGGGGUGACAUUCAGUGGCUCCUUGGUGGCCUAUGGCAAGCUUCAAGGUCUUCUAAACUCUGCCCCGUUACUCCUUCCUGGACGUCACUACUUGAACGUUGGCCUGCUGACUGCCUCAGUGGGUGGAAUGAUCCCAUUCAUGCUUGAUCCCAGCUAUACUACGGGCAUGGCCUGCCUGAUUGGAGUUUCGGGACUCUCAACAGUUAUGGGAGUGACUUUGACAGCUGCUAUUGGCGGCGCAGACAUGCCUGUUGUCAUUACUGUUCUGAAUAGCUACUCUGGCUGGGCGCUUUGUGCCGAGGGCUUCCUCUUGGACAAUAACCUGAUGACCAUUGUUGGAGCUCUGAUUGGCUCAUCUGGAGCGAUUCUAUCAUACAUAAUGUGUGUGGCCAUGAAUCGCUCUCUUCCUAAUGUUAUUCUUGGGGGUUAUGGAACCUCAUCCACUGGUACUGGGAAGCCAAUGGAAAUUGUUGGGACUCACACAGAAGUUAAUGUGGAUCAAGCUAUAGAAAUGAUCAAAGAGGCAAACAGCAUUAUCAUAACUCCGGGUUGGGGCCUGUGUGCCGCCAAGGCUCAGUACCCAAUCGCUGAUAUGGUGAAAAUGCUGCGGGAGCAGGGCAAGCAUGUGAGGUUUGGCAUUCAUCCAGUUGCUGGCCGUAUGCCUGGUCAACUUAAUGUUCUUUUGGCUGAGGCUGGUGUUCCAUAUGAUGUUGUUUUAGAAAUGGAUGAGAUUAAUGAAGAUUUCCCAGAAAGUGAUUUGGCGCUGGUUAUUGGAGCAAAUGACACCGUCAAUUCAGCUGCACAAGAGGAUCCAAAUUCAAUCAUUGCUGGAAUGCCCGUUUUAGAAGUCUGGAAGUCCAAACAGGUUAUUGUAAUGAAGCGCACUCUUGGAGUGGGUUAUGCUGCAGUGGAUAAUCCCAUCUUUUACAAGCCGAAUACUGCUAUGCUACUAGGAGAUGCCAAAAAGACUUGUGAUGCACUGCAGGGCAAAAUAAGAGAGGCCUUUUACACAAACUAGAAUACUCAGUUUUCUUUAACAUUGAAACUUUUUCAGCACUUUUGAGCAGUGUUGGGUAGUACACCAGUAAGUCUGUCUAUUCCCAUAUUGAAUUAAGUGAAGAAAGAAAAAGAUGGUGACACAGUUAUCAGCAUUUUGAAAGGUUAUAUGGGUGGGAAAAGAUUAUGUGAUAUUAUUAAAGCUGCCCAUGAUGACUAGAGCUUAAAAUAGCUUUACAAUGCUGUUCCCUUUACAACUGUAAUGUUUCAGUAAUGUACGGUUCACCAUUGGGCUGUCCAGUAUUGGUUUCUACCCUGUACCCAAUGCUGUCCUGUUAGUCUAUGUGACUGUAACUUAGAAUAAACAAAAUUUGGAAAAUGA